AUGUUACCCUACAUAAUAUUGCUGCUAGCGAUUGCAAUAGCAAAGGGGUUAAAUUUGGACUAUCUGGACCCAGUUAAGCUGCAAACCAAGACCCCAGCAAGUGAUCAACAACAAGCUGCUUCUGCAAUUAUCGCGAAAUACAGUAACCAAGUGACAGUGGAAGUGAACCCAAACUUAUUUCACGACAAUAAAGAUGUAUUUUCUCUGCGCACGUCGCAAGGUAUGCUGUGCAUCAGGGCGAGUUCCGGUGUCGCUGCAGUUUGGGGCUUCAAUUAUUAUCUGAAGAAGUAUUGCAAGAGCCAGAUCGCAUGGCAGACGCAAAGGGUAGCAAUACUCAAUCCUCUGCCUGAGGUUGACGAAUUCAUCGUAGCGAGCGAUCGAUUUCGUUAUUAUCAAAAUGUUUGCACCACAUCUUACAGCUUCGUUUGGUGGGACCUAAAUGACUGGAAUAAUCACGUGGAGUGGAUGGCUCUUAAUGGCAUCAACUUGGCUCUUGCUCCCGUCGCCCAAGAAGCAGCAUGGGCGCGUGUUUACAAAAACCUAGGAAUGAACAAAGCCGAUAUUGAUCAACACUUUACUGGCCCUGCCUUUCUGGCUUGGCUGAGAAUGGGCAACGUACGUGGUUGGGGCGGACCAUUACUGCAAUCUUGGCACGAAAGACAGAAAAAUAUCCAGGAUUCAAUUGUAGACUACAUGUACCGACUUGGAAUAAUACCAGUUUUUCCCGCAUUCAAUGGACAUGUACCAAAAGCGAUUAAAAGGAUUUACCCGAACGCCACUUUACACACCGUGGAAACAUGA